AACCGGGGUCUGGGGAGGAAAGGGCGGCCUCACUUUGGCAAGGGAAAGAGGAGCCUUGUGGACCUCUGCACCGGGUAACUCGUCUUGGGGGUCCGCACCUGAGGGCCGGAUCCAAGUAAUCCUCGUUAGUUACUCCAAGGGGUAGUCAGUCUAGAAGCCUGUGAGUCGCAGACAGUGAGGCCGGCGCUAAGACUCCACUUCCCAGGAGGUGUCGGGGCAUCCAGCGGAGGCUGCGUCUGACGACGGGGUUGGGACUCGGUAGCUGCCCGGAUGUGGCGCCGAGCUCGCCGGGCCUCCCCACCCUCGCCACAGUCGCGCUGGGAGGCUCUGCCCGCUGUCGUCAACAGCGGUGGAAGACGACCGCUUUUGCUUUGGCAGAAAGAAGGAAAGAAAGAAAAAGACAACAGGAUGAGCGAUGCAUCUAUUCCCCCAAAUUCCUAAGAAAAAUUCACUUAUGUACCUACACAUAAUAUCACAUACUUCAGAGGCGACUUCUAGGACCUACUGAAGUUUAUCCUCUAGCAGUCCAUGGACUCCAUGGACUCCAAGGAAAGAAUGCAGACAAUCAAAUGUGUGGUUGUAGGAGAUGGGGCUGUAGGUAAGACCUGCCUCCUCAUCAGUUACACAACAAAUGCCUUUCCUGAGGAGUAUAUCCCCACUGUCUUUGAUAACUAUAGUGCCCAGACGUCUGUGGAUGGCCAGAUCGUCAGCCUGAACCUGUGGGACACAGCUGGCCAAGAGGAGUAUGACCGACUGCGAACUCUAUCCUACCCCCAGACCAAUAUCUUUGUCAUUUGUUUUUCCAUUGGCAGCCCAUCCUCGUAUGCCAAUGUGAGGCAUAAGUGGCACCCUGAGGUCUCCCAUCAUUGCCCCAAUGUACCUGUUCUGCUGGUAGGUACCAAGAGAGACCUGCGGGAUGACAUUGAGACAGUGAAGAAGCUGAAGGAACAGAGCCUAGUGCCCACAACUCCUCAGCAAGGCACUUCCCUGGCUAAGCAGGUGGGGGCUGUGAAGUAUCUAGAAUGUUCAGCCCUGAUGCAGUAUGGGGUGCACGAGGUAUUUUCAGAAGCCGUCCGGGCUGUGCUUUACCCUGCCACAAAGAAGAACACCAAGAAGUGUGUCCUUUUAUAGCUUUUUGGGUGCUAUUUGGGGACUGCACCGAAGGGGGAAUAAGAGGGAUUCCUUUGAUAGCAUUGAACAAUGCCAGCAUGAGCCAUUUGUCUCUUUUCCUAGAAACCCUAGACUCCAGGUUAUCGGGAUUUUGGAGGAACAAAGACAGCCUUGUUUGUACAUGGUUGCUGUGAAGUUUGGUCUGAACCUUUUGGAGGAAGUUUGGGGGGAGAGGGGGAGAGAGAGAGAGAGAGAGAGAGACUGACUUUUACCUCUGAACUAGCUUUCCUAGCUGUAUUACCAUUGAGCAAGUGCCUCACAGAAGGACAAGUUUCUACAGUUUCGAAAGCAUUGCCUUAAACCUUCUGAUACAGUAAUUUCGGAAAAUCAUUUUAUGUGUGACUCCUGGGUGUUCCCAGUGUCGACAUGUUCUUCCCAUUCUGGAGAUGGGACAUGUUUGCAAAAAUGGUUAAGCAGCAUUUCUUGAAGUUCUGGAAGAUACUAAUUGAUGUUCCUUAACAAGGUUCUGUGGUCAAGUAAGUCAGGAACCAGUGGGUUUUUUUUAAGUGUAUAUUUAAAUUCCAGUUAGUUAGCAGACUAUGAUAUUAGUUUCAGGUGUACAAU